AUUUUAGUGGAACCUUGGGGCUUUCCUGAGCGACCAGACCUUGCUGACCAAGACAGGCCGAUUCCUGUUUGGAUCAGAGCCUUAGGAGCAGCAUUAACUCCCUUUAACCCUCUGGCCGGCCUCAGGAUUGCAGGACCCUUUGGUCUAAGUCUAGUGCAGCGUUUAAGGCCUGACUUCAAACGGAAGUAUUCUUCAAUGUUUAAAGACGACACUGUGACAGAAUACAUCUAUCAUUGUAAUGUACAGACUCCAAGUGGUGAGACAGCUUUCAAGAACAUGACUAUUCCUUAUGGAUGGGCAAAAAGGCCCAUGCUCCAGCGAAUUGGUAAAAUGGACCCUGACAUUCCAGUCUCAGUGAUCUUCGGUGCCCGAUCCUGCAUAGAUGGCAAUUCUGGCACCAGCAUCCAGUCACUGCGACCACAUUCAUAUGUGAAGACAAUAGGCAUUAUGUAUAUGCAGAUCAACCAGAAGAGUUCAACCAGAAAGUAAAGGAGAUCUGUGACACGGUGGACUGAGCACACGACGCCGCUGUAAGAACACCUGGUGACAGUUCUCAAUAAUAAUCCAGUCGUGAUGAAAAGUAAGGAAGAAAACCCAAGAGCAGUCUCCUGGACUAUCCUUUGCACACAUUUUCUCUGUGAAGUCGCUUGCACAUCUAAACCAGUUAGUGCCUUCUAGAAGAAUGGCUUUCCUUUCUCCUACACAAAAUUGAAACACAAAAGAGCCUCCAAAUUUAAUAGCUUUAAAUAAAAGGUUGUUUGUCCCUCUGAUAUACUGAAAAAUGGUAAUUUUUCAGCUAAGACUUUUUUCAUUUUUACCUAGCUUCUUAUAUUGCAGUCUGUGUUGCCAAUCUAAAGAAGUGAUUUCUGGGUCUAUAACAUUAUAUACUGUAAGGUGCACUUGAUUUUCUUUGCAUUUAUUUACUUUGUCUAAUAACUGAUAUAGUUAAUCCAAAUUUGAUGUAUUUUUAUAUAAAAAUUUAUCAGUUAUUUAGAAUACUUCACUUCAUUUUUGAAAUAGAGUGAAAAGAUAAGUUUUGAUUAAAAGAAUGGGAGUCAGUCACUAGCAUGAAUUUUUCUGGUUUUCCUCUGCAGGGCUGUAAAGCCUUGUCCAGCAUUUUAAAUGUGAUCCACCCUGGCAUACGACCUGCAACAAUGUAACUCCUUGGAACCUUCUUUGUGUGACACAGUUCUGUGCUUCUAAGGAAACAUGACAUUAAUACUUAAGUGAUUUAAGUACUGAGAAGCCUUAACUAAAAAUCUGUCCCUUUUUCCUUCCUGUUAGUGCUAUUCUUUUCUAAGAACCAGGAACAGAUUUCCUCAUUCAUGGAAUAUUGAAACUGUUACCUUCCAGUAAGCCAAGUCAUACUGUAUUUUCAUGAACGUCUUACUCUUGUACAUGGGUGCUAAAACUGGAUUACAUUUUACCACUAAAAUGUAGAAAUGGGUGGUGCUAUUAAGAGUCAUAACACCAGAAAUGAGCAGCCACUGGGCUUAUUUUAUAUUGAGUGUUGUAUUGAUUGAGUCAUUUACAUACUUGAAGUGAAUGUUUCAAAAAUCUGUAAUGUUGGUUGAACUGUUUGACAGUAACAACCAUCAAGUAUAGCACUUUCCUCUGCUUUUAAAAUGAGGAAAACUUUUAAACUGUGAAAAAGCUCCACGAGGUAACUAGCUACUGAGAAAACCCUCUAUAAAAUAAAUUGAAUGGGGUUGCUACCAACAGGGCAUCUUUACCUUAAGUUUUACUAACAUUGCUUAUCUGGGAGAAAGGCAGGUUAUGUAAGUAAAAACAGGGAACUAGAGCAAAUGAUGGUUUGAUAGUUUGCAUUAUUACAUUUUUAAAUGAUUAACUAGGAAAUUUGUAGUUGUUAGAAAAUGUAAGAUUAUAUCACUGUUGAUUAACACCAGAAAGACUGAAUGUUGGAUUUUCAGCAUCAUCUCACUUAUAAAACCAUAGACAGAUCACACUACAGGACACGGGCACUCCCCAGGGAACCAUCUGUCUAACUCAUCAGGUGAACAAGGGUAUAGUGCAUAGAGGCAAUGAGAUCCGGGAAGUAUAGGGUUCUCUGCUUUAAGAACAAAAAUAGUCUUUACUUUUUAGUCAGGAUUUUGGAUGGCCAAAUUCAGACUUGAAAGUAGUACAGAUUAGGCAGUACUUUAUAUUUUUGUUUGACACACUACUCUCUUUUGAUUAUCCUUUGUGGGUGAAUGCUGGUUUCUUUUGUAUAGGAAAUUUCUGUACAGAAAGUGGAUAUGCCCAACUGUCAAUGAAACUUAUUUUUCUACUGAUUGAUUUAUUCGAAAAAUGUUAUUGUAACUCUUUAAAAAUUAAAUUUUUCUUUGGGGUACAAUGUAUGUAAUUUUGUGAAGAUUGAACUAGCAGAGAAAGUUAUAACCCUAGAAUUCUUAAAAAUACAGUAUAUGCUAAAUGUUUUCUUUAAAAUCUCCACUGCAGUAUUUGGACUUACUGAGGUAUGCACAUCACACUCUAGCCUUAUUUUCUGGAAUAAAUGUUAUGUGAUGGUGGCUGCAGCAGCAUAGCUGUGUCUUCUGGAGUCUUAAGCAUGGGCACUCUUUUCAUUUCAGUCACUGCAGGACCCCAGUGAACGCUCGUUCUGAGCGAAGGCCUCUCUUCCCUCACGUGGCCACCACACGUGUCUUUACCAGUUUCCUUGCGGUUUCUUGAAAUGAAUCUCGUUUUCUUCCUUGUCCUUGUAAAACUGUUUUUGCAAAAAAUAGUUGCCAGGGUUGGAGGGGAGGUGCCUAGGCUUGUUUUCAGAAUAUUAUUUAGAAGACCCUUUUGAAAUUGUAUACAUGCAUAUCUUUUACAUUUAAAGGACCAUACCAGAUCCCAAUAAAGCAGUAAGGAUUUUUUGUUUUGUUUUCCUGUACCAAAGUGUUGGGAAGAAGACAGAAGGACUAGAAAAGAAUGUUGGAAGAGGAGGGAUGACCUACUAGAUGUUUAUGACAUUCUAUAAACAAUAGCAUCUAGAAAUUCAACAUUUGAUCAGCAUCUCACUAA